GAGGCGCGCGCCAUAAACUAGAGCUGUGCGCAAACACAGGUGUAUAAUAAGAGCCCCGCGGCGGGAAGCUCUCAGUCUAACUAACGUUCGGAAGAAGAGUGUAGCGCUCCGGCAGGGUUUUCGUUUCGAAGUUUCUUGAUCUUCGGUCAAGCGAGCGCGAGCCGAGCGCGAUGAGGAGGCUCCCGCUGGCCGCGCUGGUCCCGAAGCGCGCGCCGCGCGUCCCCGAGUGCCCGGGGAUGCUGCUGUGCGAGAAGAGGGCGGAGUGCGGAGAGCCUGCGUCGCGCGGCGGUCAGGGCUCACCUGUCACCUGUCUCACCCCGGGGGGGCAAGUGGAGGAGGAGGAGGAGGAGGAGGAGGAGGGCGACACGCGCCACCCGGAGACGGCGGAGAAUUGUGGGUCGCGGCGGAAAGUCGCCUUCGACAACCUGGCCUACGAUCCCGGCAGCUUGAGCGAGCUCCACCCGCGAUGCGGUUGCCUGGGCGACGCUGUAAUCCAGGUGACGGGCAUGACGUACCCGUCUUGUGCCCAGGCGGUCGAGGGCAGGCUGUCUGAGCUGCGGGGGGUGGUGGGCGCCCGCGUGUCCCUGGACAGCGGCAAAGCGCGGCUGGAGUUCGACUCUUUGGUCAUCACCGUGCGGGAGAUCUGCGAGAAGAUCCAGGAGAUGGGCUUCGGGGCUUCUGAGGAGGCGGAGCCAAAGUCGGAUACAGCAGGCGGGACGGGCGAGUGUCUGGUGACAAUCCGGGUGGGGGGCAUGACCUGCGCGUCCUGCGUGAGCGCCAUCGAGGGGCGGCUCGGACAGCUGCCCGGCGUGCGCCGGGUCCGAGUGUCCCUCGGUGACCAGGAGGCCGUCGUGAUUUAUACCCCCGAGCUGCUCCAGGAAGAAGACUUGAGGGCCCGCAUUGAGGAGAUGGGCUUCGACGCCAGCGUCCCUGGUGUGCCAGGCCUCUCUGGCCCAGCUGCUGGGUACGCAGGAGAGACCCUAAACAACGGGGGCUUCAUCAGCGGGGGGGAGAGGGACGCGGCUGAGGUCACCCUGCUCGUGGAAGGGAUACACUGCAAGUCAUGUGUCGGCAACAUCACGCAACACCUGUCCGGGAGGGCCGGCGUCCGCGGGGUCCACGUCUCCCCGGACACGGGAACCGUGAGCCUCUGGUAUGACCGCUCCGUUGUCUCCGUGGAGACGUUGAGACAAGUCAUCGAAAGCAUCCCGCCAGGGAAAUUUAAAGUGACCGUGCCAAGUGGAGAGACUCCAGUUUCCGCAUUAAGGACCUUUGACCCUGAGAACAGCGCGGGACGUUCGCCCUGGGAGACGGUCACGAUUUCCAUCUCAGGGAUGACCUGCGACUCGUGCGUGCGGGCCAUCGAGGGGUCGAUCUCCCAGAGGACGGGAGUGUGUCAGGUACGGGUGUCCCUGGCGGAGCAGAAGGGGACGGUGUCGUACAACCCGCUCGCGACCAGCCCGGAGGAGCUGAGGGCGGCCGUUGAAGAGAUGGGCUUCGACGCGGCACUGCCAGAACCCAGCUCCUCAUCGGGGGUCUCGGACCCCCAGCACAACGGCUCCCUGCCCCGUCCGCCCUCCCCCAGCCGGACCCCGGCGGCAGCCUCCGGCCCCACGCCGCAGGAGGUCAACGUGCAGAAGUGCUUCCUCCGAGUGUCCGGCAUGACGUGCGCCUCCUGUGUGUCCAACGUCGAGCGGAACCUGCAGAAACACAAAGGGGUGGUCUCGGUGCUGGUGGCUCUCGUGGCGGGUCAGGCCGAGGUGAAGUACGACCCGCGGGUCCUGGAUGCGGCCCGGAUAGCGCGGCUCCUGGAGGACCUGGGCUUUGGGGCGGAGCUUAUCGAAGACGACGCCGUCACGCAGGGGAAGGUGGACCUCACUGUGACGGGCAUGACCUGCGCAUCGUGCGUCCACAGAAUCGAGACCCGUUUGUCCGAGACCAGGGGGGUUCUGGAGGCCUCCGUCGCCCUGGUGACCAGCAAAGCGUCCGUUAAGUUCGACCCGGAGGUGCUGGGGGCUCGCGAUAUCAUCAGGGUCAUUGAGGGUUUGGGGUUCGGCGCCGCUCUUAUGAAGAGAGACGGGAUCACCAGCCACCUGGACCACCGAGAGGAGAUUCAGCACUGGAAGCACUCCUUCCUGCUCAGCUUGGUGUUCGGUGUCCCAGUCAUGGGCCUGAUGAUUUACAUGAUGGUGAUGGACGGUGACCACCACCAGGGCGGCGCCAUGCUGCUGCCAGGCCUCUCGGUCCUCAACCUGGCCUUCUUCCUGCUCUGUACCCCGGUCCAGGUGUUCGGAGGCCGCUACUUGUACAUCCAAGCCUACAAGUCCUUGAAGCACGGCUCGGCGAACAUGGACGUUCUCAUCGUCCUGGCCACCACCAUCGCCUACGUGUACUCCUGCGUGGUCCUCCUGGUGGCCGUCGGCGAGCGGGCCGAGCAGAGUCCCGUCACCUUCUUCGACACGCCGCCCAUGCUGUUCGUCUUCAUCACCCUGGGCCGUUGGCUCGAGCACAUUGCUAAGAGCAAGACGUCCGAGGCCCUGGCCAAGCUGAUGUCUCUGCAGGCCACCGAUGCCACGGUGGUGACCUUGGGCACAGACAACUCCAUCCUCAGUGAGGAGCAGGUCCCAGUAGAACUUGUCCAGCGAGGAGACAUCGUGAAGGUGGUUCCAGGGGGGAAGUUUCCUGUGGACGGGAAGGUGAUCGAGGGCAGCUCUUUGGCAGACGAGUCUCUCAUAACAGGAGAGCCUAUGCCGGUCACCAAGAAGCCGGGCAGCACAGUGAUCGCCGGCUCCAUCAACGGUCAGGGCUCCCUGCUCGUCCAGGCCACCCACGUGGGCGCCGACACCACCCUGUCUCAGAUCGUCAGGCUGGUGGAGGAAGCGCAGACGUCCAAGGCCCCGAUCCAGCAGUUUGCCGACAGACUCAGCGGCUACUUCGUCCCCUUCAUCAUCGUCGUUUCCGUGGCGACGCUCGUAGCCUGGCUGGCCGUCGGGUUCGUGAACUUCAACGUCGUGGCUGAAUACUUCCCGGGCUAUGACAAGACCAUCAAGCGCACAGACGUGAUCGUACGCUUCGCCUUCCAGGCCUCCAUCACGGUGCUGUCCAUCGCCUGCCCCUGCUCCCUGGGCCUGGCCACGCCCACCGCCGUCAUGGUGGGCACCGGGGUGGGCGCGCAGAACGGCAUCCUCAUCAAGGGCGGCGAACCGCUGGAGAUGGCGCACAAGAUCCGCGCUGUGAUGUUCGACAAGACGGGGACCAUCACCAACGGCGUGCCGCGCGUCAUGCGGGUGCUCGUGCUGUGGGAGCGUGCUCGCAUGUCCCUCCGCAAGGUGCUGGCAGUGGUGGGCACGGCCGAGGCCAGCAGCGAACACCCCCUGGGGGUCGCCGUCGCCAAAUACUGCAGAGAGGAGCUGGAGACAGACGCGCUCGGCUACUGCACGGACUUCCAGUCGGUUCCCGGCUGUGGAAUCAGCUGCAAGGUCAGCAACGUGGAGCCGCUGCUGAAGACGGACCCCCCUGGCGUCCAGCUCGCCCUGCAGGGGGUCACCGUGGACGAGAGCAGCCUGUUGGGCGACUCGGACCCGGAGCCAGCUGGCCCUUCUGGCAGCCCCUCCUACUCGGUGCUGAUCGGCAACCGCGAGUGGAUGCGGCGUAAUGGUCUGCAGGUGACCCCCGACGUGGACGAAGCCAUGAGCAGUCACGAGUCCAAGGGCCAGACCGCCAUCCUGGUGGCCAUCGACGGUGUGCUGUGUGCGAUGCUGGCCAUUGCCGACACGGUGAAGGCGGAGUCGGCGCUGGCUGUCCACACCUUGAAGAGCAAGGGCGUCGAAGUAGUCAUGAUCACCGGGGACAACCGCAGGACUGCCCGAGCCAUCGCCUCCCAGGUGGGCAUCAGGAAGGUGUUUGCCGAGGUGCUGCCGUCCCACAAGGUGGCCAAAGUGCGGGAGCUCCAGGAGCGAGGCUGGAAGGUGGCCAUGGUGGGCGACGGGGUCAACGACUCGCCAGCGCUCGCCCAGGCUGACGUUGGCAUCGCCAUCGGCACGGGCACCGACGUAGCCAUCGAAGCAGCCGACAUCGUGCUCAUCAGGAACGAUUUGCUGGACGUCGUGGCCAGUAUUGAACUCUCCAAAAAGACUGUUCAGAGGAUCAGGAUCAACUUUGUCUUCGCUCUUAUCUACAAUCUACUGGGGAUCCCUAUAGCUGCAGGCGUCUUCCUGCCCCUGGGUUUGGUCCUGCAGCCGUGGAUGGGCUCCGCCGCCAUGGCCGCCUCCUCCGUGUCCGUCGUGGUCUCCUCCCUCCUGCUCAGGCUCUAUAAGAAGACGUCGGCGGAGUACUACGAGAGCCUGGCGCAGGGCCGCAUGCGGUCGCUCAGCCCCUCCCAGGUGAGCACGCACGUGGGUCUGGACGACCGCCGGCGCAGCCCCCGGCUCCCCGGUGACCGCGACCGCGUUGGCGGGGGGAGCCGAAGGUCCCUCCCCCGAGGGGCCGCGGCGCUCUGGGAGCAGUGGUCCCUCCGCGAGCAGGGGAAGAAGGAGCACUUUGUCGUGUAGGGGUGGCAGGUGCAUUGUGGGUAACUGCAAGUCUCCAAGUACCUCGGUUCCGAGCAGGAACGUACGGCCGUACCCAAAGACUGGACUCUGGCAACACUGACAGGAGUGAGCAGCACAACGGCUUCCUGUCCCGUCUUCCUGGGACCAACAUGAGUGUUUUUUGUUGUCCUCUCUUCUUGAUGUGGAUGAAAAUGUGGUGGAUGGUGG